AUGAAGACAUCGUUGCUCCCAUUGGUUUGUCUUGGCGGUCUUGCGAGUGCAACGAUCUGGCAGAAUGAUCAAGUCCGGCCAAGCAACUACCCAAGCACAGAAAUCUCUCUCCAGAGCUAUGGCAAUGGAACACAGUGGAGAGACUACGCACCCGACUGUGCUGAACUAUCUUACAAAGGACGUUGGGACGAGCAGUACAUCUCGUGGUGGUCCGCUCCCGGAUUGAAGUUUGGCUUCCAAGCAGACAAUGUGGCCAUCAGUUUUGGCAACUACACCUCACCUGGAGUAUUGCUCGCAUACAGACUCGAUGGCCAAGACUGGACGCUGACGAAUGUGACCGCGAAAUCCACCCAUCUGUUCAUCGACCCUAGCACACCAGGCUGGAACUUGACUACCUCCAUAGACAACCUGCGAACGCUGGAGCUGCGAGUCACGAAUUGGGCGUUCGGUGUUCAGAUCGAGAAAGUGCAUCUCUCAGGCGGCAAUGCCAGUUUGGUCAAAAUUCCAGAUUACGCUCGUCGCAUCGAAGUCAUCGGCGACUCGCUGUCCUCUGGCUACGGUGAUACUCUCGAAGGCAUCAGUUCCUGGGCCUGGGGUCUUGCAUAUGGUCUAGGCAACACCGAGUUCAGCCUCACAGCAUACCCCGGAGUCUGUGUGACCGACACCGACUGCUGGGGAAACCCUCGAGGCCAAUCUCAUCAAUGGAAGAAGACUGUCGAUACGAGCGGUCGUGCUGUGGAGAUGUAUGGCCCGAAUCUGACAGACGCUCCAGAUUGGGACUUCUCGAAGCAGGAACAUCCAGAUCUGACCAUCAUCAACAUCGGCACGAACGACAACAACACCCACAACAACGUCACCUCCGAGAGCUUCACGGCCGCUUACAUCAGCCUGAUCGAGCAAGUCCACGAAGUCUGGCCGGAGACUCAGAUCAUCGUCCAGUCCUUGUGGAGUGGUUGGGGUCAAGUCGGCAGCACGUGGGUGCAAGGAGCCGGCUUCUACGAGGAGAUCCAGACUAUAGUGAAGCACUUCAACAAUGGCAAGCUGAACAAGAAGGGCGGCGAGGGCUUCGUGUACUACUACAACACCACUGGAAUCAUGCAGCAUAACGAUAAUAGCCCAUUAUUCCAUCCCACAGAUGUUGGGCAGAUCAAGGUGGCCAGUCAUAUGAUGGAGUACGUCCGGUUAAUCUUCGACUGGGAGCUGAUGCAGACGGGUCCGGAAGUCCAGCAUCAGACGCUGUACUGGAAUGAUAUGGACCUUGACUGA